CAUCUCCAACUGGAAGGGCAAAAAACAAGCGUCUGGAAAGCGAAAAGGCGCUGAAUUUUUAAAGAAUUUAAGAAAUCCGAACAAACUAAGCAAAAAUAUGGCUAUAAUUGUGCCUGAAUCGGCUUACGAAAAGCGGGUGAGGGCCAUGUACGAAAAACAAAUUCGCAUGGAGGCCCGUGAGGCGAGCGUCAUCAAGAAAGUCUCCAGAUUCAACAGCAAGUUGCUGGAUGCCAAGGAGGCAGUUGUUCGCCACCAACAGAAAGUGGGAAAGUUAGAAAGGGUUAAAAUUCAGCGCCGCGAGGAGAUGGAAAAGCGAGCCUCCUUCUUGGAGGACCUUUCCCAGAAACUGGAGGCCACCAAGCAAAGGAAUUUGGUGAAGAAGGAACAGAUAAAACGGCUGAAAAUGUUGGAAAGGCAGCGCAAAAACGAAAUCAUGGAAAGCAUUCACACGCUUUCGAAGGCGACAGGGACAUUUAUAAAUCAGCAAGCGUUGCCGGCACGUGUGAAAGGUGUCACUGUACUGCGUGAAGAUAAUGGCGACCAGUUGAUACCCUUUGAUCUGAAGGCAACCGAUGUGGAAGGACUGAACUCCCUUUGUCAGCAUCUUCAAAGCCUGAAUAUCGACGUAACCCAGUGGCGACAGCUCGUCUCGCUGGCAAUGGAAAUCUCUACGGAUUCACUUGCUUCCCCUACGCCACCCAAGGAGAGCGCUAAGUCGAAGUCCAUAAUUGAUCUCACCUCGCCGACGAGUCAGAAUUGACUUCCGAUUGGCCUGGUGAAGCCCCAUUGCCAUUAUAGCACUUCAAUAGUUGGCGACGAAGUAAUAGCAUAGUUAAUUCUAAUUGCUAUUUAAGCUUAACAGUUUAGCUGUGUUAUCCGAAGUACUGCAGUUAUUUUUAGCGUAUUAAACACAGCCUUUAAUUUUUCAAAAUCUGUCGUAAUUAAUUACCCCUUCUCUACGAUAAGGAGAAGAAAAGAUAGGAAAAAUAUUUUCUGUCAUUCUUUUACUAUUUAAAAGAAAUUAAAUAUUAUUUAGAUGUUAUUCAAAACACAAGCAGCUUUGCAUACAUGUAUAAAGUAGCUUACAACUAAAUAAAGCCACUUACAGCGAACUAUAA